AUGGACUUGCCAACGCCACCGAGUGGCCUAUUAUUGGCGUCUUUGACUUUUCUCUUUGCCAUGCUUCUGUGGCGCAGGAUCAGGCGGAACUGGGACGUGCACAGCCCGCCUGGACCGUUCGCUUGGCCGGUCAUUGGGAACGCAGUAGAGCUUGGCAACACUCCUCACCUCUAUUUGUCUCGCAUGUCACGGAAAUAUGGGGAUGUCUUUCAAAUCAAACUCGGCUGCCGGGACGUUGUGGUACUGAAUGGUGACGCAAUCAGGCAGGCGCUCAUCAAAAAGGGAUUUGAUUUCGCAGGCAGACCGGACUUUGCCUCGUUUCAAUACGUUUCCAAUGGCGAUGGCAUUGCUUUUGGUACAUUUAGCGAAUGGUGGAAAGUGCACCGAAAAGUGGCCCAAUCUACUGUUCGGAUGUUUUCCACCCGCAACAUGCACACCAAAAAGGCCUUCGAAAACCACGUUGUCUGCGAAGUUAGGGAGCUGCUCCAUCUUUUCCUGGUAAAAACUAAAGAGCACCAAUAUUUCCAGCCGAUGACAUACUUGGUGGUAUCAACCGCUAACGUAAUGACAGCCGUGUGCUUUGGAAAGAGGUAUUCAUACGACGACGCUGAGUUUGCGCAAGUGGUGGGACGAAAUUAUCAAUUCACCCAAACAGUGGGGGCUGGAAGCAUCGUGGAUGUGAUGCCUUGGCUCCAGUAUUUCCCCAACCCAAUAAAAAACAUAUUUGAAAACUUUAAAGCGCUCAAUCAGGAGUUCAGUAAAUUUAUCGUUAGUAAAGUUGUCGAGCAUCGAAAGACCAUUCAGUCAAGCACCAUCCGGGACAUGACAGAUGCUUUCAUCAUGGCAUUAGACCAUUCUCAGGACAGCUCGCCAAGGGUCUCACCAGGCAAAGAUUAUGUGCCACCCACUAUCGGUGAUAUUUUUGGAGCAAGCCAAGACACACUGUCUACUGCACUCCAGUGGAUCAUUCUGAUACUUGUGAGGUUUCCUCAUAUCCAGCUGCGUCUCCAGGAGGAAGUGGACAAAGUGGUCGACCGGAGCCAUCUGCCCAUCAUCGAGGACCAGUCGCAGUUGCCUUACGUGAUGGCCUUCCUCUACGAGGUGAUGCGCUUCACCAGCUUCGUGCCGCUCACCAUCCCCCACAGCACCAUCACCGACACCACCAUCAUGGGCUACACCAUCCCCAAGGACACAGUGAUCUUCAUCAACCAGUGGUCCAGCAACCACGACUCCACCAAGUGGACGCACCCGGAGACCUUUGACCCCCUGCGCUUCCUGGACCAGGACGGCUCGCUGAACAAAGACAUGGCCAGCAGCGUGCUCAUCUUCUCCUUGGGAAAGCGGCGGUGCAUCGGAGAGGAACUGUCAAAGAUGCAGCUGUUCCUAUUUACAGCAUUGCUGGUGCACCAGGCCCACUUUAGUCCUGACCCGGACAAGCCGCCCACCAUUGACUACACCUACGGACUGACCCUGAAGCCCAAUAACUUCUCCAUAGCAGUGAGUCUACGGGACAGCAUGGAAGUCCUGGAGAAGGCUAGUCACAAGCCCCUCUAUGGGGCAACUCCAGAUCGAUCAGACUGAGAAUAGAGUCACUAAAUGAAGCUUGAAAGAAAAAAACACUGAAGUAGAUUUAUGAGCUGCAGUUCAUCCGCAUGUGCCAUCAGGUAUUAGAUACUAUAUAGUUAUUAUAAAUGUAUUUAUGAACUGAAUGUAACGGAUGUCACGCUGCUUGCUAAGCGAGUACCCCUUCCUUCUGAUGCGCCUCACACCUUUGAACCCAGGAUCUCUGCCUUGCUAGCACAUUUGAGCGCCCUUCCGAAGCGUCUUACCAGUCGGCGCCACCGAAAAACUAUCUAUUCGUGGGAACACUUCAGGCUGAGGAGUGAGUUUCACAUGUCCCCAUGUGCUACAUGAACACUCUUUUCAUACAUCUAUAUUUUCUUUGUUUUACAGGUAAUCACGCAAAUGACUAUGGCUCACAUUUUUUAUUUUCAAUCAAGUAUUGCACAAAUAAUGGCAUAUAUUUUACUGGAACAUGACAGAACAUACAGUAGCUUGCAGUGGGCAUCUGAGGGCAAUGGUCUGUUCUUUCACACAGCCUGUUGGCCACUUCGUUUACUGUAUUUCCUGACAUACUGACUGACUGGAGUUGAUUCAGUCUUUUCACUUGCAUCCACCAUCUCAGCGAGUACCUUGUGUACCUUUUAUGUCCCAAAUAUAUCUCUAAACAAGGUCAACAUGAUAUAGAGUGAACCUUGUGUAGCCUACUUAUUUAAGUACAUUUAGGUAAGAUAGUAAUACCAACCAUAUUACUAUGAAAUACAAAAACUACAUUUUAAUUUACAUAGUUGGCAAUAGCCAAAAAAGACAGGAAAUUCAAAUGAGCAGCCCUUUCCUAAAUUUGAUAUAUGCAUUAUGCACUAACGUUUUACAGCAAACUCAGCUUAUUAUACCUGCUACUGCUAUUGAUGUGCAUACAGUGUAAAACAUUUGAAGUUGAAUCAACUUUAAAAAACAAGGCAACCAGCUGCAAACCCGAUUAUAAUAUGGUAUUAAACAAAAAAACAAAUUUUGGUAGUAAUAACUUUUGUAGCAAUAUUAACAAAAAUAUGUGAUUUUGUCCAAUGAACACAAUAGAUGAUCAUCGACCAAUGAGAGUUCAAUUCCGUUCCUCAACUGUGCCAUAACUACACUGAUUGGUUGGACCAAAUAAGUGGUCAGACUUUACUUUGCUUAGGCCUUAUACCUGAGUAGCUAAUUACCAAUGUAACUAUCUUGUAACAGGCUAGUAAGUACUAGUAGUUACAUGUAGGUAUGCAGUACUACAUUAUUCUGUUUCCUUUUGAAAAACAGAAUCAGCAAUAGUAAGUAGGCUACUUGCAUACCUGUACUUACAUACAUAUUUAAACUUAAAUCCAUCACAGCUACACUGGAAUAAGGCCAUAAUUGUUAAGUUUUGCACAAGUGCUUCUGAAUGUUGAUGAACUUAUAUUUUGUUCCAGAUCCAUACUCUGUUCCAAUAGGCAAGGCAAGGGUGCACUGUAACAGAAAACUGUAAAUUAUACGGAAAUACUCUGAAACUUUUUACUGCAGCAUACUGUAAAUUAUGGUGCAUUGUGGGAAAAUGUUGUGGGCGGGGAAAGAAUUGCUGUAUUUCGAAUGGUACAGUAAUUCUACCCCACAGAAUACAGUACUGUACCGUAUCUUUGGAGCGCCAAAAAUCUUUUGACCA